AUGGCAACUUAUUUUGGAGUUACCUCAGCAGUGUUUUUUGUCUGGGUUAUGACAUGCAUGGUUGUAACAGGUUCCAUUCCUCCAUAUUGCAGGAUCACAGGUGUAGGAAUUUAUCUUGAGGAGAAAGUUAAUUUCUCAGCAGCAAGUAAUGCAUGUAAUAAACUGAAUCUACAACUGGCGAGUAAAGACCAAGUUGAAAAGGCUUUGAAACAUGGCUUUGAAACGUGCAGCUAUGGAUGGGUGAAAGAGCGGCUGGCUGUCAUUCCUCGAAUAACACCCAACCAGAAAUGUGGUCAGGGCAAACUUGGACUAGUGACAUGGAAAGCUGAACUCUUUAAAAAUUUUAUGGUUUACUGCUUCAAUUCCUCAGAUGUUCAGAUUAAUUCAUGUAAACCAGACCCAACUACAACCAUACAACCUUCAUCAAAUGCAGCAACGGACUUAACUACAGGCUCUGAUUUCACUGAAAACACAGCAGUGCCCAAUGUGACUGAGACAGAACGAUCCCUGAAAAAUCUAAAAUUUCGUGUAAUAUGUGUAACUGAAACUAUACUACCAACAGAGGGGACAACUACAAAAAUGCCAGAGGAAUACUCAAUAAUUGACUUUCGUAACUACACUUCCCGUACUGCCUUUAAGAAUGAUGCUAUUGUCUUUGGAGGUAUCCCCACUGCACUUCUUGUAUUGGCAAUCACCUUCUUCAUUAUUUCAGUUAUUCUAGCAGUCUGCUAUGUCAAAAAGUACAAGAAUACCUUCCUAUUUUCAAACAAGAAUCAGCAAAAAGAAAUGGUUGAAACUACUGCUCUCAAAGAGGCUAAGUCAAAUGACCAAACACCCGAAAAGGAAACAAAAAAUAAUGGGAAAAAUGUAGAAGAGUCUAAAACCAAGCCUGAGGCCACUGUAAAAUGUCUAGAAGCAGAAGUCUAA